AUGGAUGCCAUUGCCACUGUAUUUGUGGCACCGAAAGCAGAAUUUGCGGCAAUAACAGGUGCAGCAGCAGGAGCAGUGAAGGCAGGUGCUGGGACAGCAACAGGUGCAAUAGCAGCAGCAGUGAAGGCAGGUGCUGGGACAGCAACAGGUGCAGCAGCAGGAGCUGUGAAGGUAGGUGCUGGGAAAGCAACAGGUGCAGCAGCAGGAGCUGUGAAGGCAGGUGCUGGGACAGCAACAGGUGCACCAGCAGGAGCUGUGAAGGUAGGUGCUGGGACAGCAACAGGUGCAGCAGCAGGAGCUGUGAAGGUAGGUGCUGGGACAGCAACAGGUGCAGCAGCAGGAGCUGUGAAG